AUGUCUCUUCCUCGGCUGUGGCCUCGACUCCGCUUCACCCUCGACUGGUACCGCCGCCUCCGAAAGCGGAUCGGGGUCGAGCCGUGGAACACGGCCGAGCACGACAAGGCCGUUCACAAUCCAGCGCCCGAAGACGGGACGACGAACUCGAUGGAGAGCGAGCCGCCGGAGAGCGAGACGUGCGACGACGAGGGGGACGACGAGAGAGACAAGAGCGCCUCGGCGGACGACGAGAUGGCAUUUAUCGACGAUGCGUUCUUCGAGCUUCCCGACGUGGCAACGGAGGAAGAGGCGGAGGGCGGGGGGAGCCAGAGUCAGUACAGCCAGCAGAGCCUGGAGGCCGAGAGCGAGGGGAGCCAGAACAGCCAGGGCAGCCGUAACACUGCGAGAAGCGACGAGGACGUCACAACCGCCGCGCGGCACAACAGUUCAUGGACCGACUGA